UUCUCAAGAAGUGCUGUGUUCUACACAGGAUUUAGCUGAACCAAAAGAGUCCGUUCCAGUAGCAGCUUUCCAGAAUAUGAAACGGCGUUACAUACACGUGAUUGCAUUGACGUUUAUACUCGUCUUUGUAUGGCUGUGGACGAGUCGCUUCCUUGUGGGAUACCGAAAGAGUGAGGAGCCACCGAAACCUAUAGGCGUUAAUGAGCGAAAUGCAGAUGCAUUUGAGCCGGAACACUUUGAGAUGGAGCCAGUUCGUGGCAAGAAGAACAUAAUUUUUAUAGAAACCAGAUGUGCCAUAAAGCCCAAUGAAAUUGAAGACUCCGGCUUGCUUCUAACGAAACGUCAGGCCUGCGCCAUUGAGUCUGCAGCGAAGAUGAACCCCGACGCCUCAGUGCACCUCUUGUUCACCUGCCCCAUUAACGGCGGGAUGGCAGCGUCGCCGCGAUACGUGAAGGAGUUGUUCAGGUACACCAACGUCAAGAUAUGGAAGUUGGACAUCCCAGGGUUCCUGGCAGGGACGUCGCUUCAGGACUGGGACUUCAAGGGACAUCUCGAGAAGUCCGAGUGGCCAGUGGAACAUUCCAGCGACGUGCUUCGGUACGUGUCUCUGCUCAAGUAUGGGGGGACAUACCUCGAUCUGGACGUCAUAAUCAGAAAGGCGCUGGGCCUACUGGGUACCAACUACUUAGGCAAGGAGAACUCCGACUUGCUGUCUGCCUGCGUGCUCAGCUUUUCUUCUGAAGGCAUCGGGCGCCGCGUGUCUCAAAUGUGCGUCGACGGGAUCCUUACUGGCUUCUCGGGAGACUGGUGGAACCACAACGGGCCCGACCUAGUCACCAAGGUCUUCAAGGAGGUCUGUGGUGUAGACAAGGUCGCGGAGAUGGACCCCGACAAGUGCCACGGUCUGAAGGUGCUGCCGGAAGUCAACUUCACCCCAAUCAGCUACCCAGGCUGGGGGGCGCUCUUCACCACGGUUGAGGUCCACGAAAUUAUGGAGAGAGUAAACAGCAGUUUUGGCGUUCACACAUGGAACAAGCUAACCAGAGACGAGGACCUCAACCUGAGGGUUAUGCAGCCUUUCGGACUCCUGGCACUUCACUUCUGCCCCAAAGUGCAUGAUGCGAGCGGCAGAUUCUUGUGAGUGCAGACAGUGCCGCGUGUUCACCUCAACGCCUCGACACACCGUGCCAUUUCAUAUUGGUGCUUCCGGAAACUGUACCAGCGGCCGGAGCAACGUUUCCAGAAAUAUUCGUCACUGUAAAGCUAUUUAGGUUCCUGCUGACCGACAGAGAAGGGGGAGGCGCGUAAGUCAAUAUAUUAUUUCGGGGGUGGGGGUUGUGAUAUCACUAAAUUCGAAAAGCCCUGCCUUAGCCCUUUGACGCAUCAAGAUUAUUUAAAUAUCAGGACUAUUUACAAAUUCAUUUCUUACCUCACAGGAAACAUUACGUCUCCCCUACAAAGCCCAACCGGUUAAUGCUGUUUAGGG